UGAAUGUUCUCCGAAAGAAGAGGGAGGGGGGCAUUUGCCUGAGAUCUAAGGGAAAAGACUACUGAAAGCAAUUUAGUAAGAUUUAAUUUGAGAUUAUUUCACCAAACCUUGUCUGUGUGGACUGAAACCGACAAGAUUUAGAAGCAGCGCCCUCUGGACUGCAUCUGAACAAUGGAGACAGCUCUAGCAAAAACGCCAGAGAAAAGGCAAGUCGUUUUUCUUACUAUAUUGCUGAUUUUGUGGGAGGCUGAUUCUGAGGCGAUUAGAUAUUCCAUGCCAGAAGAAACGGAGAGUGGUUACUUGGUGGCUAACCUGGCAAAAGAUCUGGGGCUCAGGGUGGGGGAACUGGCCACCAGAGGGGCGCAAAUCCAACACAAUGGGAACAAAGAGCUCUUGCAGCUGGAUGCAGAGACCGGGAAUUUGCUCCUGAGGGAAAAACCAGAUCGAGAGGAGCUGUGUGGGGUGACAGACCCCUGUGUGCUGCACUUCCAGCUCAUUCUGAAAAACCCUGUGCAGUUCUUCCAAACUGACCUGCAGAUCACAGACAUAAACGACCAUGCUCCAGAGUUCCCUCACAGGGAAAUGCUCCUAAAAAUCACUGAAAGCGCCCAGCCAGGGACUGUGUUUCCUCUGAAGGCAGCUCAGGACUCUGACAUAGGGAGCAAUGCUGUUCAGAACUACACAGUCAGCCCCAACCUCCAUUUCCACGUGGUUACUCAGAGUCGCGCUGUUGGCAGGAAAUACCCAGAGCUGGUGCUGGACAGAGCCCUGGACAGGGAGGAGCAGCCUGAGCUCACUUUAACCCUCACUGCUGUGGAUGGUGGGUCUCCUCCCAGGUCUGGGACCACUACAGUUCGCAUUGAAGUGGUGGACAUCAAUGAUAACGCCCCCCAGUUUGUACAGUCGCUCUAUGAGGUUCAGGUCCCUGAGAACAGCCCCCUUGAUGCCUUAAUUGUCACGGUCUCUGCCAGGGAUUUAGAUGCUGGAAUAAAUGGGAAUGUAGCCUACUCUCUGUUUCAAGGUGAUGAAGCAUCAGAUGAAAUUCAACAAACCUUCUCAAUAAAUGAAGACACAGGAGAAAUACGGCUCAAAAAGGAAUUGGAUUUUGAAGAGAUUAAAUCUUACCACCUGGAAAUCGAGGCCACAGAUGGAGGAGGUCUUUCUGGGAAGGGAGAGGUGGUGAUAGAGGUGGUGGAUGUGAACGACAAUGCCCCAGAGCUGACCAUAUCUUCACUGACAAGCUCAGUCCCAGAAAAUGCUCCUGAGACCAUAAUCAGCAUCUUCAGAGUUGGAGACAGGGAUUCUGGAGAGAAUGGAAAGGUUGUUUGUUCUAUUCCAGAAAACCUGCCAUUCAUCCUAAAAUCCACUUUCAAGAAUUUCUACACCCUGGUGACAGAGAGUCCACUGGACAGAGAGAGCAGAGCUGAGUACAACAUCACCAUCACAGUCACUGACAUGGGCACACCCAGGCUCACAACCCAGCACACCAUAACAGUUCAGGUGUCUGACGUCAACGACAACGCCCCCACCUUCACACAAACCUCCUACACCCUGUUUGUCCAGGAGAACAACAGCCCCGCCCUGCACAUAGGCACCAUCAGCGCCACAGACUCAGACUCAGGCUCCAAUGCCCACAUCACCUACUCUCUGCUGCCCACCCCUAACCCGCAGCUGGCCCUCUCCUCGCUCAUCUCCAUCAAUGCCGAAAACGGGCAGCUGUUCGCGCUCAGGGCACUGGACUAUGAGGACCUGCAGACCUUCGAGUUCCAGGUGGGCGCCACAGACCAAGGCUCUCCUGCGCUCAGCAGCCAGGCGCUGGUGCGUGUGCUGGUGCUGGACGCCAACGACAAUGCGCCCUUUGUGCUCUACCCGCUGCAGAACGCCUCUGCACCCUGCACAGAGCUGCUGCCCAGGGCGGCAGAACCUGGAUACCUGGUCACUAAGGUGGUGGCAGUGGACCGUGACUCUGGACAGAACGCCUGGCUGUCCUUCCAGCUGCUCAAGGCCACAGAGCCCGGGCUGUUCAGCGUGUGGGCUCACAAUGGCGAGGUGCGCACCUCCAGGCUGCUGAGUGAGCGUGAUGCUCCCAAGCACAGGCUGCUGCUGCUGGUCAAGGACAAUGGAGAUCCUCCAAGGUCUGCCAGUGUCACUCUGCAUGUGCUGCUGGUGGAUGGCUUCUCUCAGCCCUACCUGCCUCUGCCAGAGGUGGCGCGCGACCCCGCCCAGGACGAGGACGUGCUCACUCUGUACCUGGUCAUUGCCUUGGCUUCUGUGUCUUCCAUCUUCCUCUUGUCUGUGCUGCUGUUUGUGGGGGUGAGGCUGUGCAGGAGGGCCAGGGCGGCCUCUCUGGGUGGCUGCUCUGUGCCUGAGGGACACUUUCCUGGUCACCUGGUGGAUGUCAACAGCACUGGGACCCUGUCCCAGAGCUACCAGUAUGAGGUGUGCCUGAGGGGAGACUCUGGGACUGGUGAGUUCAAUUUCCUCAAACCCAUGAUCCCCAACUUGUUGCUACAGGAAACUGGGAGGGAAAUUAGGGAAAGUCCACACUGCAGGGACAGCUUUGUAUUUAGUUAAGUGUUCAAAGUGGUUCAAUGAAUCUAAGAAUUGUCAUAAUGACUCUUAUAUAAAUAAGUGUAAAGGUAACUACCUUUUUAAAAGCACUGCACGUGUGCACAGGUCCAACAGCUCUCAUUUUUCCUACUGAUAUGAAGCAUCUCAUUAUACCACAGGUUUAGUAAGUGUUUUCCUCAUAUUUUGAUGUCUUUGGUGACUAAUAUUCUCAUAACUACAAAUAACUCAAGUAGCAUAAGAUUUGUUUAAUUAUUUUCUUCUUUAAAGCCAAUAAGAGAAUUUGAAUUUCUGUAUAAUUGUGUUGCCUGUUUCUUCCAUAUACCUUUUUCCUUUUUAAGUUUUGAAUACAUAGCUUUUU